AUGAAUACUAUCACAGUUCAUGGAUUUUGUGACGCUUCUACGGUGGCCUACGCAGCAGCUGUGUAUUUGAGAGUAGUAAUGAAUGAUAGACAAAUACACACCGGGUUGAUAGCAGCAAAGGCAAGAGUCGCUCCAGUUAAACCAGUUUCUUUGCCAAGAUUGGAACUUUGUGGAGCUGUAAUUCUUUCUAGGCUACUUAAACAAGUUCAAGAAGCACUUAGAAUAUCUAACAAUCAAAUUUUUGCAUGGACAGACUCUAAGAUAGUUAUGGCAUGGUUAACAGGUGACCCAGCUCGUUGGAAUGUUUUUGUAAGCAAUCGAGUAGUUGAGAUAAUAGAUAAUAUAGGGAAUAAAAAAUGGCAUCACGUAACAUCGGAAAAUAAUCCUGCUGAUAUAGCAAGCAGAGGAGAAAACUUACCUGAUCUUAUUAAAAAUAAAUUAUGGUGGAAUGGGCCAAAUUGGCUUCAGACUGAUGAUAUUCCCUUUGCAAAGGGUAAUCCAGAUUCAACGGACUUAGAAAGAAAGAAUACUAUUAUGCUAAAUUUAAAAAUUGAGGACACAAUUAAAAAUACUCUUAAAUUCGAAAUAUUUGAUUCUUUACAGGAAAUGCUACGAGUAAUAGUGUAUGUUUUAAGAUUUUUGAAUUACAAAAAGGGACAAAUUACAACUGAUAAAAGCAUUAAGGUAAUAGAAAUGGAAGAUGCAUUAAAAAGAAUAAUAAAAAUAGAACAAAGAAAGGAUUUUGCAGAAGAAAUAGAAAGGUUGAAGAAUAAAAGAAAUUUAAGCAAAAACAGCAAACUCCUUUCUCUGAAUCCAAUAUUAGAUGAUGCUCACAUUCUCAGGGUGGGCGGUAGAAUAAGACACGCAAACAUACCUUUAGAUUCAAAACACCCGAUGAUUCUUGGUUCCGAAAGCGAUUUGGUCACGUUAAUCAUCGCAGAUGCGCACAAGAAAACAUUGCAUGGGGGUUUGGAACUCACGUUAAACUAUUUAAGAGCUCGUUUUUGGAUUCUGAGGGUGAAGUCAACAGUCAAAAAAUAUAUACAUAAAUGUAUAAUAUGCGCUAAACUUAAAGCGAGUAGUAGUUGUCAACUUAUGGGAGACUUACCUAAAGCACGAGUCACUCCAGCACGACCCUUCAUAAAUUCUGGUGUUGACUUUGCAGGUCCCUAUGAUAUAUUAAUGACUAGAGCACGAGGUGUGAAAACUACAAAGGCAUAUAUUUCUAUUUUUGUAUGUAUGUGCACAAAGGCCAUACAUAUAGAAUUAGUAGGCGAUCUGUCCUCUCAAUCGUUUAUAGGUGCUUUCAGACGAUUUGUAGCACGACGAGGCAGGUGCACAGAUAUUUGGAGUGAUCAGGGAAGAAAUUUUGUUGGAGCUAACAAGGAAUUAGUAGAAGCAUGGUCACAGGCAGGUCUCAAUUUUAAGGACAACAUAGCAGACAUUCUAGCACAAGAGGGUACACAGUGGCAUUUUAUUCCUGCCUACAGUCCUAAUUUUGGAGGUCUUUGGGAGGCGGGAGUGAAAUCAAUGAAAUACCAUCUCAAAAGAAUAUUAAAUACAAAUGUAACGUUUGAAGAGAUGACUACAAUUUUGUGUGAAAUUGAAGCUUGUUUAAAUUCACGUCCACUAUGUUCAAAGGCUAGUAAUGAUAUUGAUAAUGUAGAUGUGCUGACACCUGGGCAUUUCCUAAUUGGUGAAGCUCCAAUUACUAUCCCAACUCCAACCUUGUCUAAUUUACAGACAAAUUAUUUAUCACGAUGGCAGCACACGCAAAAACUAGUACAAACCUUCUGGCAUCGCUGGCAGUCGGAAUAUUUAACUCGACAGCAACAAAGACCAAAGUGGCAAACAAAACAAUCUGAAAUGGACAUAGGAGAUGUGGUUGUGAUAAAAGAAGAUAACUUACCACCCAGUAAAUGGGCUCUUGGUCGUAUUGUUGAGAAACAUCCUGGAGAAGAUGGUAUUUGUCGAGUGUGUCGAUGUGAGCGGCGUCGUGUGAAGCGUGGCGGUGCGGGGCGCGCGGCGAGGGGCGCGGUGUGGGGCGCGGGGCGCGGGGCGCGGUGUGCGGCACGGGGCGCGGGGCGCGGCGCAGGGGCGCGGGGCGGGGCGGCCGGCGGGCGGCGCUGGGCGGGGCCGCCCCUCUCCGGCGCCGGCGCGCGGCGCGCCGCGACCGCCUCGCCACCAGUCCGCUCCGUGCUGCCGUUGAGCACGCACGCGCAUGUCGCUCGUUGUCGAACACGGUGA